CCAGAUGAACCACCGUCCGGAAUUCGGUUCAUUCAUUCAGUUUUAGCGAGUCGUUCGAUCGAACCAAUUCACAACUCUAUUAUUAAUAGAAACGCAAUUCAACAAGUCAUCAAUAUGUCUGGCGAGGGUGAAAAAACUUUUACGCGUGCCGAUGUGGCCAAGCACAACACCAACAAGGACACAUGGCUGCUCAUCCACAACAGUAUCUACGAUGUCACAUCAUUCCUCAACGAGCACCCUGGUGGCGAAGAGGUGCUGAUCGAACAGGCCGGCAAAGAUGCCACCGAGAAUUUUGAGGAUGUGGGCCACAGCAACGAUGCCCGCGAAAUGAUGAAAAAAUUCAAAAUCGGUGAACUGGUCGAAAGCGAGCGCACAAAAGUGGCCCAGAAAUCGGAGCCCACCUGGACCACAGACAAUCAGAGCGAGCAGAAUUCGAUGAAAUCGAUGCUGUUGCCAUUGAUUCUCUGCGUAGUUGCAACGCUAUUCUACAAGUUAUUCUUCGGCGGCGCCAAACAGUAGUCAAAGCACAGCCAAAGAUGUUUCCAAUCACGCUUGCUGCUGUUGCCCCUCAACUGCAACUUGCAGCAGAUUCGUGGAUGCGGCAACUAUUCUGACACACACACACACAACCACAUCUACUCACCCACACACACAAAUACAUCAUAUUCAUUUACAUAUACAAUCGCAUUCCCAUGUGCUGCAUGCCUUUGUGUGUGUGUGUGUGUUUGUGUGUGUGUGCCAUACGCUUGCGGGUAUUGCAUGUGGCGGUUGCAAGUUGCUGUUCUCGUUGUUGCAGCUCGAGCGCGAUUUUGUUGAGGAGAAUUUGUGCUAUGUUUUCUUUUAAAGCUAAAUGAUAAUUGAGAAAUGUGAAAUGUGUUUUGGCAUCUUGUUUUUUGUACUAAUUGCUAUAGUAAGUGGGCUGGAGUUUUCUUAUACGUCAUAGAUAAUUGUUUAACUUUCCAACAUUCAAACCAAACUGCAUAUAUUUAAAUAAAUAAAUAAAUAUAUAUAUAUAUA